AUGCAGCAAAAAAUAGUGCUCAAGGUACAGAUGAAUUGCGAGAGAUGUAGGACUAAGGCGCUCACGGUGGCGGCAGAAGCAGAUGGGGUGAAUUUUCUGGGGCUAGAAGGAGAGAAGAAAGAAAAGGUGGUGGUGAUUGGAGAUGGAGUUGAUGUUGCCAAGUUAGCCAGCUGCUUAAGGAAGAAAGUUGGGCACACUGACAUCAUCAGUGUUGCGCUACAAAAAAUAGUGCUCAAGGUACAGAUGCAUUGCGAGAAAUGCAGAAGUAAGGCACUCACGGUUGCGGCAGAUGCCGAUGGUGUGAGUUUUAUGGGAUUAGAAGGAGAGGAUAAAGACAAAGUGGUGGUGAUUGGAGAUGGAGUUGACUCUGCCGCCUUAGCCAGCAGGUUGAGGAGGAAGGUUGGACAUACUGACAUUAUCAGUAUCGCACUGGUGGAUUAA